AUGUGCUGCCUGAGUCCGCUCCUGAACCCGGACCGCGACGACGAGUACUACGACCUGCUGGGCUGCGACCGGCGCGCGUCGGCGGCGCAGAUCAAGAAGCUCUUCCGCCAGAAGAGCAUCCGCAUGCACCCGGACAAGUUCGCGCAGCGCGGCGAGGCCAUGACGCCCGCGGACGUGCAGGCGUUCCAGCGGACGAAGGAGGCGUACGAGUGCCUCGGCGACCCCAAAAGGCGGAAGAUCUACGACCAGCUCGGCGAGCUGGGGCUGAAG